AAUAUAGAUAGCGAGAGAGAGAGAGAGAGAGAGAGAGAGAAUCUCUCUGUGUGUCUGUGUCUGUGUCUGUGUGUGCGUGUGUUGAUGUGAAAACAGUGAAAGUUUGUCUCGGCGGGAUUGGAGGGAGUUUUCGCAUUUUCAUCUCGAUAUUCAGCCAUUAUUGCUCGCUUCAUUCAAAUCAAACCCUAAGUUGCGCUCUCUCUCACUCUCUCUCUCUCUUACUAGAAAAUAAUCAGUAUUCGCUCUCAGAGAUCUGCGAAUCGUCUCCUCUGUAUCCACCAUGCUUCCAUUCAUUCACUUCACUGGUGUCGCUCUGUGCAUAUAAAUUUAUGUGUGAUGUGUAAAUGAGGUUUUUGGAGUAGUUGUUUUCAUUGAUUUGCAGUGAUGUCAGAAAUGCGGGGCCGAGGCAGUGGAUUUGAUCCGAGCAAUCUGCAUUUGAAGAAGGAGUUGACGCAAAUCCGGAAGGCAGCUCGGGUGCUGAGAGAUCCCGGCACGACCUCGUCCUGGCGGUCGCCGCUCAGCACCGCCAGAUCCGCUGCUGCUGCCGCGGCGGCGGCCAAUGUGGCUUCAUCUUCGAACCAGGAUCAGUACUACUCGCACCACCGCCACAGGAGCAGCGGUGGCGGCGGAGACGAUGCUGGUAGGAUUUUGCAGUAUCAGUCUCCGUUUGCUAGGGACAGGAAGAUAUUUCUGCACAAUUGGAGGACUGGUCAGAGGUCCUCGAGCGAGAAGAGCGUCGCCACGACGGCGAAGUCGGAGGAGAAGAGGCGGCAGAGACCAGAGGGCGAUGGCCGUGACGACGGGAAUGAUGGCUCCUCGUCGUCUUCGGUUCCGGAGGAGAGUGUAGAGGACAGCUUGAGCGAUGCGCAAAAUGGCGGCGACUCGAAGAGUGACACUUAUAUUGCCGAUCGGUACGCUUCGAAGCUCUUCAAAUGCAAAGAUACAAACCUUGCGCCAUCGAUUAGACGGAAUUCGAUUAAGAAGAAAUCGAAGGUUAAUAAGCAUUUGGCUAUGGCGUUGAGACAGCAAAUAGUGGAAAAUAGGAGGUAUUCCAGGCAACCCUUAGAGGCUUUGGGCCGUGAGGACUCGGCCAGCUUGGUUGAUCAAUCGGAUGAUACAGAGGACUACUACAACUCGGAGGAUUUGCAAAGAAUUUCUGCAGCCUCACCAUUGCUAGCCAGACUUAAAAACAAGAAUUGGCCUCACUCAUCUAAAUUGUUGAGAAAUAGUAGAAAAGAAGACUCAUCUUAUACGUACAAUAGUACUCCGGCAUUGUCAACAAGUUCUUACAACAGAUAUGUAAAUCGGAAUCCAAGCACUGUUGGGUCUUGGGAUGCUACUACUGCGUCCUUAAAUGAUGGGGAUGAUGAGGUGGAUGAUCAGUUAGAUUUGCCAGGUCGUCAAGGAUGUGGGAUUCCUUGCUACUGGUCAAAGAGGGCAACCCCAAAGCAUAGGGGAGCUUGUGGAAGUUGUUAUUCUCCUUCACUGUCAGAUACUUUGAGGAGAAAAGGAAGUAGCAUCUUUUGUGGAAGCCAAACUAUGUAUCAAAGGCGUCAUAGGGGAUCAUCCUCCAGUUCCAAAAAGAAGAGACUUGCUUCCAGAACAGCUCAGGGUGUUGUACCUUUGCUAACCAAUCGUGGGGAUGGGCAAGGAGGAUCGUCUAUAGAAACUGGGGACAGUGAUGAUGAGCUCUCCACAAAUUAUGGGGAGCUAGAUUUGGAAGCCUUGAGUCGGUUGGAUGGGAGGAGGUGGUCAUCAAGUUGUAGGAGUCAGGAAGGAUUAGAGCUCGUAGCUUUAAAUGGGGAUGCAGAAACCGAAAGUACACCAGAAAACAUCAGAAGCUUGAGUCAGAAAUACAGACCAAUGUUCUUUGAAGAACUGAUUGGGCAGAACAUUGUGGUUCAGUCACUUAAGAACGCAAUCACAAGGGGGAGAAUUGCCCCUGUUUAUCUCUUCCAUGGUCCACGUGGGACUGGGAAGACAUCUACGGCCAGAAUUUUUGCAGCUGCCUUAAAUUGUCUUGCCACUGAUGAAGCCAAACCAUGUGGGGUCUGCAGGGAAUGCACUGAGUUCAUCUCUGGUAAGAGUAGCGAUCUGAGAGAAGUUGAUAGCACCAGUAAGAAGGGAAUUGAUAGAGUUAGGCACCUUUUGAAAGACUUGCUUGUAGGGCCUUCAUUAGCACGUUCACGAUGCAAGGUUUUUAUUAUUGAUGAGUGUCACUUGUUACCUUCCAAGACUUGGCUAGCAUUUAUCAAGUUCCUUGAGGAACCACCCCUACGUGUUGUGUUCAUAUUCAUAACAACUGACAUUGACAAUGUACCACGUACUGUGUUGUCCCGCUGCCAAAAGUAUUUGUUUAACAAAAUCAGGGACAGUGACAUGGUGACCAGGUUGAGAAAGAUUUCUGCUGAUGAGAAUUUAGAUGUUCAAUCAGAUGCAUUGGAUUUGAUUGCUUUGAAUGCUGAUGGUUCACUUCGAGAUGCUGAAACUAUGUUAGACCAGCUUAGUUUGCUUGGGAAAAGAAUCACGACAUCUCUUGUAAAUGAAUUUGUUGGGGUGGUUUCAGAUGAGAAACUACUGGAGCUUUUGGAAUUAGCCAUGUCAUCGGAAACUGCAGAGACUGUUAAGAGAGCCAGAGAGUUGAUGGACUCAGGGGUUGAUCCAAUGGUGGUGAUGUCUCAGUUGGCCGCCCUUAUUAUGGAUAUUAUUGCUGGGACAUACCACAUCAUAGAUUCCAAGUGUAAUGGUUCACUCUUGGGUGGGAGAAGUUUGACUGAAGCAGAGCUAGACAGACUGAAGAAUGCUUUGAAGCUUCUAUCGGAGGCUGAGAAACAGCUGAGAGUUUCAAGUGAGCGCUCCACAUGGUUCACAGCAACCCUAUUACAGCUAGGAUCAGUGCCUUCAUCAGAUGCAACUCAGUCAGGGAGCAGUAGGAGGCAGAGCUCAAAGACAACUGAGGAGGAUUCAUCUACUGCCCAAAGGCAGAGACCUGACAUUCACUUUCCACCCCAAAAGUUAACCUCUGCUACCUCUUUGCCUAAAGCUGGUGUUGAAAAUGUGACUAAUCAAGAGAGUCUCCUACUAGAUAACGGUGCUAAUAUUCCCAAACACCCCCAAAGCCGAUUUAUAAGUGGCAAUCUGUCAGUUAUCUCAAAUAAGUUGGACAAUAUCUGGUUGCAAUGUAUUGAGAGGUGCCAUUCAAAGACACUAAGGCAACUGCUUUUUACUCAUGGAAAGCUUAUCUCUCUAUCUGAGGUUGAAGGUAUUUUUGUUGCUUAUGUUGCGUUUGGGGAUAAGGACAUCAAAACCAGAGCUGAAAGGUUUUUAAGCAGUAUCACAAACUCAUUUGAAAUUGUUUUGCAGUUCAAUGUAGAGGUCAGAAUCAUUCUGUUUUCACAUGAAACUUCCAUGAAUAAUGGAAAAGAAGUUGGUUUGCCAUAUUCUUUGGACGGGAAUCAGAUCAAUACGACUGAGUUAAUUAAUAGGGAAAGAAAAGCAAUUUCUUCCAAUGCCAUAGAUGGUUAUUCUGAUAUUGAUUUGCAUAAGGGUGCACUAGACAUGCCUAGAAGAAGCCUCGAUGAUUCUGAAGGUAGGCUGGGUGGAACCUUUCAGCCUGCUGCUGGAUCACCAAUUCCAUUGGUAGAAGGGAAUGCUAAAACAAGUCACACAAAUGAGAGGAUUCCGAUGCAGAGAAUAGAGUCUAUUAUCCAUGAACAGAGGUUAGAAACUGCAUGGUUACAAGCUGUUGAGAAAGGUACUCCUGGGUCAUUGAGUCGUUUGAAACCUGAGAAGAACCAAAUCCUGCCUCAAGAAGGCAUAUACUCUCAGAAUCAAAUGGAAUCCAUGAAUUCCAUGGAUUUAUCCUCCCAGCAUUGGGAAGAUGAGUUAACUCAAGAAUUCAAGCUUUUGAAGAUUAGUGAUCCAAAGACAGUCCAGAAGGACCAGCUUAGUAAAAGGAUGGAUCAGUGCCCCAUCUCUCCAAGCUUAUUGCAUAAUAGUAGCUUUAUGGGAAAUAUCGGCAAAGACAACAUGGGAUAUGAAUCAGGGGCAGGGGCAGGGGCAGGAGCAGGAGCAGGAGGCUGCAGUGGUCUUUUCUGUUGGAAUAGUUCCAAGCCUCCCAAAGGGGCAAAGAUUAAACAAGGGAACCCAGUCCGUCCACGCAAAGGUGCGCGAUUUGCAUGGUUUGGAGAGUGUGCAAAGCCGAAGAGGAUUGAGAAUAGGUUGAAAAGAUGAUGGAAGAAACAAGAAGGUUCCAGAAGAAGAUUGAAAGGAAAGAGAUGCGACGUUUGAAGCGAAAUGUGAUUCUCUCUUGCCCCACCCCAAUUUUUUCUUAAAACAUAUUUCUCUUAGUGUUUUUGUCUCUUACCAUAUGUAGAGCCAUUUUUUUAUGGAUUCAGAUGUAACCAAAGAGAAGAAUGUAAAGCUUUAUAUGCAGCUGAAUUUCUGCAGUUCUCUAUA